AGGGAAUGCAAGACCGGAAGGGGCCGAUACAUGGCCACCGAAGGGCGGGGCCGGACUGGGCGGGGCCCGGCGGCCCUCCCGAAAGUGGCGGUUUGCUGGAGGCGGUUACCUAGGAACCCCGAGUAGUUUGAAUGUGUGGCGACCUGUGCACCGGUGCUUGGUCGGUGCUAUCUCAGCAGGAGUGGGACCCCCGAGGCCUAAGAAACAGGCUUUUAUCUGGCUCGGGACUCCUCGGCAUUCAUCGCUUCCCUCCAUAACCGGAUAGCAGUUAUUUGGACUCAGCCUCAGACCCAGGGGUCACAUGCCAGGAAGGAUGGCCCCCCUCAAGAAGCCUCGAAAUGCCGCAAGGUUGCCCCUGGCUUUAAACCCCCUGAAGAGCAAGGACGUGUUGGCAGUGCUGGCCGAAAGGAACCAGGCUAUAGUGCCAGUUGGGGCCUGGGUGGAACCUGCCUUGCCAGAUAGUUCGGAAGUCCCAGCAUAUACUUCAGCAUAUAUGAUUGAAGAAGAACUAAAGGAACAACUAAGAAAAAAACAAGAAGCUCUGAAGCAUUUUCAGAGACAAGUCAAACGCCGAGUAAAUCAACAAAUCAGGUUGCGAAAAAAGCAUCAGCUUCAGAGAUCUUAUGAAGCAGCAGAAAAAGAAGGCUCUAUAGCCAUGCAGUCCUCAGAUCCAGCACAUUUAAUUCCUAAAAGAACAAGUGUUUUUCCAAAGAACUUGAAUGCUGCAAUUGGAAGUGCUAGGUUACCUCCUUCCCAGGUGCUGGGGGAUGGACUAGAAGAUAGAGAGAAUCAGAAUGAAUUACUCCAACAACAAGCCCAGGCUCUUAGUCAAACCAUGAAACAGGCUCGUCACCGACUGGCAUCAUUUAAGACUGUGAACAAAAAAAAUGUGUCAGUGUUUCCAGAUGGUAGAAGAAAAACCUUUCCCCACCAAGAGGAACCUGACUCUGAGGAAUCUUCAUCUAUUUUGAUAGAUAAAAAAGGGAGAGAAAAUUUGUUUUGGGGAGACCAACAGGAUCUCCUUUCUGAAGACAGGGACAAACCUUUCAGCAGAGUUCAGAAAGCACAAUUCAAAAAUCCAUUAUUUGCUGUGAUGAAAGAGGAAGAGCAAAAGCAGUUAGAUCUUCAAGGCCUUCAGGAUAUUCUGCCAGAAGCCCAGGAUUAUCUUCCAGAAGCCCAAGGUGAUCUGCUGAAAAUCCAGGGUGAUUUGACAGGAGUCCAGAGUGUUGAGCUAGAAGCUAAGAGUAUUGAGCCAAAGGUCAACACCCAGGUUGUUGAGGUGGAAGGCCAAGCCACUGAGCCUGAAGCCCAGGCCGUUGAGCCUGAAAUCCAGACCGUUGAGCCUGAAGCCCAGGCCGUUGAGCCUGAAGCCCAGGCUGUUGAACCUGAAGCCCAGGCCACUGAGCCUGAUGCCCAGGCUGUUAAGACAGAAACUCAGGAUAUUAUGCCAGAAGCCCAGAAUAUUGAACUAGAAGAUGGGAGUAUUGUGUCUGAAGUCCAAGAUUUGCUACCCAAAGAACAGUGUGUUCUUCCCACAGACCAGAAUGUUCUACUCAGAUGUCAGGACCAGGACUUUCUACCUAAAAACCAGGUUUUUCUACCCAAAGACCAGAAUAUUCUACCCAAAUGUCAGGACCAGCAUGUUCUCUCCGAAGACCAGAAUAUUCAGUCCAAAUUUCAGGACCAGGAUUUUCUACCCAGAGACCAACACCAGCAUUUUCUAUUCAGAGACCUGUGUGUUCUCCCCAGAGUACAGGAUUUUCCACCCAGAGAUCAGAAGGCAAAUUUGAAGCAGCCAGCAUCAAUUUUGACAGACAGGAGAGGGAGAGAGGCGUUUCCUCUGGAUGUCCAUCAGGAUCUUCUACACAGCAGUCAAGAUCAGACCUCCAUCAGGGACAAGAAAGUACGCUUCAAGGAGUCAUAUUCUGAUAUGUCAAGUGAGAAAGGGAGAGAAGGCUUUUCCCUGGCAAGUUAUCAGUACCUGCCUCCUAAACUCCAGGACUAUACCUUCAUCAGAGAUCAGAACAAGUGUCUCAAGCAACCUGCCUCUUUUGAGAAAUGGGAGAUUGAAAGAAGAAUUGUUUCUGGAGUGCCAUCGCACAGGAGCUAUGGGCAGGCCUUACAUAAUUUGACAGAUGAGAGAUGGAGAAAGGAGUUAUUUCCAGAGUGCUGUGAAUAUGUUUUACAUGAUAUCCAGGAUCCACGUUCUGCCAGAGAACAGACCUUAUGCUUCAGGCAGCAGCCGUCUGUUGGGACAGCAGAAAGAUGGCAAGAGGAUUUGUUUCUGGAUGGCCAUCAGCAACUUCCACCCAAGCACCAGAGAGAGGCUUCCAGCAGAAGACAGCAGGUGUAUGGUGAAUAUCAGUCAAGAUUGAACACCGAAUUCCAAAUUCCACCGGCACUUCAGUCUGGAGUAGAUCAAGAAGAAGACAAGAAAGAGCGUCAAAAGCAAUACCUGCGAUACAGACGACUUUUCAUGGAUAUUGAAAGAGAACAAGUAAAAGAACAACAAAGGCAAAAAGAACAUCAAAAGAAAGCUGAAAAAAUUAAAAAAAAGAAAGAGCAGCAACGUUACGCUGAGGAGCAGAGGAUACUAAGAAUGAACUUCCAUGAAGAGCCAUGUUCAGGAGAGAAGAUGAGUGAGAAAAUAGCCCAGCUACAGCUUGAGGAAGUAAAAGGAGCCAGACAAAAACAACAACAGAGAGAGAAGGAAUGCCAAAGAUAUACGGAAGCUCUAAGAGCCCAGAUCCAGGAGAAAAUGCAGCUGUAUAAUAUUACUUUACCUCCACUAUGCUGCUGUGGUCCUGAUUUUUGGGAUGCGCAUCCUGAUACCUGUGCCAACAAUUGUAUUUUCUAUAAAAACCCUAGAGCAUAUACCCGGGCACUACAUUCGGUCAUCAACUCCUGUGAUAUCCCUGUGGGGAACUCAGCUCUUCGAGUCGCCAUGCAUAAUUUGGUUUCUGCACACAGACGGACUUUGAAAAAUGUGUAAUGAGAAUCUGAAUCCAACUAAUUAGCAAGCUGAGAACUACUGGAAGGAACUUAAAAGUUGAUGAACAGCUGCCUCCCCCUCCGACCCCCCAACACUUGUCUUGUUACAAAACUUUUAAAAAAUAAUUACAGAUAUACAGGAAGUUGUAAAAGUAGUUCAGAUAGGUUCUAUGUAGGCUUCACCUGGUUUCCCCCAAUGGUUAUAUUUUGUGUAACUAUAGUAUAAUAUCAAAGCCAGAAAGUUGACAUUGGUACAAUAUGUAUGUAUAGUUUUAUGUGUGCCAUUUCCACCUGUGUAGAUUUGUGUAAAUACCACCACAGUCAAGAUACAAAAUUAUUCCAUCACCACAAAGAUCUCCUCUUACUACCCCUGUAGUCAUACUCGCACACCCCUCCCGUUUACCACCGUCUCUAACCCCCGGCUACCACUAAUCCAUUUCCAUCUCCAUAAUUUUGUCAUUUCGAGAACAUUAGAUAAGUGGAAUCAUACAGCAAGUGGUCAUUUGAGAUUGUUUUUUUUUCUCUCAGCUUAAUGACACCGAGAUCUAUCCAAGUUGCUGUGUGUAUCAAUAGCUUGUUCCCUUUAUUGUUGAAUUGUGUCCCGUGGUAUGGGGACCACAGUUUGUUUAACCCCUCAUUCAUUGAGGGACAUUUUGGUUGUUUCUAGUAUUUUGCCAUUGCAGAUAAAGCUGCUGUGGACAUUUGUGUACAGGUUUGUGUGGACAGAAGAUUUCACUUAUCUGAGAUAAAUGCCCAGAGUAUCACUAAUGGACUGUAUGGUAAGUGAAUGUUUAGUUUUUUAAGAAAGGGAUAGCAUGCAGUUGGGUUCUGGUUUUAAUCCUUUCUGUCAGGUGGGUGGUUGAAAUCCAGUUUUCUUCUUGGCCUCCAUUGAUACCCUUUGGUGGGGGUUGGGGAAGGACACCUCAUUACCGCUUGGUUAGUGGGAGUUCUGGCUCUCUACUGACAUCACCCUGCCUGGGAUCAGGAGGGUGCCUCCUUACUGAUCCCCACAUGUCCUCCACUAACACCAUGGUGUUAGGGGCUAGGUGCUCAUUACCACUGGAAGCUGGUGAAAGUUCUGGCCUCCCAUUUGUAGUUUCCUUACACCACUCUGACUGUGGGGCUGGGGGGAUACCUCGUUACAGCCAGGCCCAAAUGGAUGUUGAGGCUCCCUGCUUUGCUUUUGCUGGUAGGAGUGGGAAGGGGCUUCCAAGUUUUCUGUGGUGUUUGGUGGGAGUAGGGUGGCUAUUGCUAGACUACCCCCAUCUGGAUCCUUUAACUAGAUAUAGCUGGCUUUUCUUUUUUUCUUCUUUUUUUCUUUUUCUUUGUGCUGUUGGCUCUUCCAGAUGGCUGGCUUCUCCAACAUCCAGUUCAGAUAGAUGAAGCAAAAAGCAAACACAGACAAAUCACUGCUGUGUCUCUCCUCAGAUCUUUUCCUAGCUCAUCCAGAGUCAUGUAUAUGUUGCUAUAUAUAUAUAAUGCCCAGGGUUUUCAGCAUUUAGUGAGAGUAGGGAGAAUUGAGUCUAUUCCAUCUUGAUCCAGAACGAGAAAUCUCACAAAGAGCUUUCAAGUGGCCAUUUCUCCUCUAAGGGCAUAAAUCCGAUCAUGUCUCAACCCUCCUCAAAACCCUCCUCAUCAUAUCCUGUCCAAAGGCUAAAAUCCCAAGCCCUUAACAUGGACUUUUAAGGCUCUUCAGUAUCUUACAACCAGGUAUAACAGUCCUAACUUCUGCAGCUCCACACUUUGGACAUGCCACCCUCCAGCUACAUGGAUUUCGCAUGCACCACUUAAAUAUAUCUGUCUUGCUUUUUUGUGCUUCCUUGUUGAGCACACACUAGUGCCUGUGCACUCUGCUGCUCCUGUCUCCUCUUCUCUACUUGGCAGUCACCUAGCUGUACUUCAGUUCUGCUUCUUGUAUUACCUGCUGUGAAGCCUUUCAAGACUUUCCCAGUUAUCUGACCCUUUCUCAGUGCCACCAUAGCAGAAUGAACAUAAUCCUGCAAGCUAUUUCUUAUUUGAACUGAUUUAUUCUACUGGAGCUCUUUGAGGUGGAAUUAUGUCUCUAUCCAUCUCUGUCCCAUUCAACUGUAAAUCCUUUGAGGGUAGGGGCAGUACCUGUCCUAUUUAUCAAUGUAUCUCUAGCAGAGUGCUGUGCCUGGCACAUAGUUGACACUUAACAAGUGUUUAUUAAAUGAAUAGAUGAGUGGCUUGUUACUUCCAGAUACCAGAGCAGCCAAAAAUUGUCCUCAGCUUGCAUGACUAGGCUGCCUGAGGCCACCUCACUUUUGUCAUUACCAUAUCUUUUUUUUUUUUUUUUUCUGCACACAUACCCCCCCAAAAAAUGACUUUGGGAGACUAAUGAUUUAACUGCUUCCUCAAUCUGCUCCUCCCUUUCCUGCUUUUAGGUCACGCUCAUAUAUAUUUGCUGCCAUCACUGGUUGACCAUUUGAGAGCAGGGCCGCCUCCUUGUUCAGCUGAUAGUAGUCUCCUUUAAAGACCAUUCUUCUGGCCAGUAUGAACCAUCCAUCAGUCCUGCCUUGAAGAGACUGAAGCCCUUACUUUUGACCAUUUAUAUCAAGGCUAGAACUUGCUUGGCCAAACCCUUCCAGAACAUUGUCUUUUCAAUGAAACAAAAUCUCUUGGGGUACAUGGUCACUUUGCUUGUCUCUAUCUUUUGACUGUGUUGGCUGGAAGAAUUUAUUUAUUUAUUUAUUUAUUUAUUUAUUUAUUUAAUUUAUUUUGAGAGACAGAGCAGAGGAGGGGCAGAGAGAGAGAUGGAGAGAGAGAAUCCCAGGCAGUCUCCGUGCUGUCAGCAUGGAGCCCAAUAUGGGGCUCAAACUCAUGAGAUCAUGACCUGAGCCAAAACCAAGAGUCGGACACUUAACUGACUGAGCCCCCCAGGCCCCCCAGUGUUUAUUUAUUUUUGAGAGAGAGAGAGAGAAAGCAUGAGUCAGGGAGGGGCAGAGAGAGAGGAAGACACAGAAUCUGAAGCAGGGUCCAGGCUCUGGGCUCUCGGCACAGAGCCUGACCCGGGGCUCAAACUCAUCAACCAGGAGAUCAUGACCUGAGCUGAAGUCGGACGCUUAACCGACUGAGCCACCCAGGUGCCCCAGCUAGAAGAUAUUUAAUUGCAGUUCUUUUUAGUGAAAUGUCAGCAUCUGACAUAUUUGAAAUAAUAAUAGCUUCUUUCAUUUUUUUAUGACACUUUACUCAACCCAUACAUCCAUCCUUGUCAACCUGAAAUUAUUCAACAUGUGUUAUCAUGAUGCUUACAAUAACUUCACUGAGUAAAGUCAUAUAUACACAGAUACCCAUAUACAUAUACAUACACAUGCACACACAAACACAUAUACACACACAGGAUAUUAAGGAUUUACAAGUCAAACCUAUUUGCUAUACUCAUUGGUGGUUUUUAAGGACUCCAAUCUUGACCCCUAUGUUUUGUUCUCAUUUGUAGUGACCAUUGGUGUCUGUCCAUUGUAGGCAAUAUCUCAUGCACAUAUAUAAUAAUCAGUGCUCCACUUACCAAACCUACUUAAUCUGGCCAGGCACUUUUUAUAUGCAGAAUUUUCAAAGUUUAUUUAUUUUGAGAGAGAGAAACAGAGCACACAAGCAGGGGAGGGGCUGAGAAAGAGAGAGAGAGAGUAUCUCAAGCAGGUUCCACACUGUCAGCGCAGAGCCCAAUGUGGGGCUCAAACUCACAAACUGUGAGAUCAUGACCUUAAUGGAAAUCAAAAGUCAGAUGCUCAACUGACUGAGCCACCCAGGUUCCCUUAUAUGCACAAUUUUUAAUUCUUACAGCCAGGGUAGAUAUUAUGACCCACAUUUCACAGCUGAAAGAACUGAGGUUCAGAGAGGUAGUGAUAUCUUAGGAUCGACUCCGUCUCAAAGCCUAUGUUGUUUUCACUACAAUACUCAGCAUCUUAAUAAAAAGGCCUAAUAUGAACUUGAA